GGUUGAACUGGGUGCUGGAAGUACUGGGGUUCCUGUAAGACACUGGGCGCUCACCUUUAGGAAGUGGUGUUACGACUGACCGGCUUCUGUUAUGGAGGCGCAGUCCCCAUGGGGGGAAGAGGUUUUAGAGGAGGAUGAAGAGGAGUUGGAAGAUCCAGAGGGAGAAAGCUCAGGCAGAGUACCACCAAUAGGAAAACCAGGCAGCUUCUUAACUAAAAGGGGCAUCACCCUUAGGGUCCUGCUGAAAGAUGGUUUGAUUGAGGCUGGCCAAGGUGUCCUGUCUAUACAUUAUCUGGGCAGGAAAUUCUUGGGUGACCUACUAGAAGAUGGAAAGAUCCGAUGGCAGGAGAAUGGCCAGGCUUUUAACUCCCCGAGUGCCUGGGCUACACACUGCAAGCGGCUAGUGAAUCCUGCCAAAAAAUCUGGAUGUGGAUGGGCAUCAGUGCGGUACAAGGGGCAGAAAUUGGACCAGUAUAAGACAGCUUGGUUACGAAGGAACCAGCCCCAUGGACCUCCUGCAGAGGGUAGUCCAGUGAGUGAGGGAGAAGAGGAAGAACUACCGGAGGAGGAAGAAGAGGAGGAAGCUCGAGAUGGAAAGCUAGGUAGCAUGGAUCCAGUAAGUGGAAAGAAACAGCAAGUCACAAAUCAAAAAGGUGGUCAACCAGAGAGCAGAGUACCCGUAAGAUAUUCCAGUUUGGGGAGCCGGGAUUCUGCAAGAGACCCUCACACUCUUGUUGAAGUGACCUCUUUUAUGGCAAUGAAUAAGUUCCAGCCUUUUCAUGUGUCUAUUUCCAGUAACAUUCUCUUGCUGUUGGACUUCCAUAGUCAUCUAACUCGAAGUGAGGUGGUGGGAUACCUGGGAGGACGCUGGGACACGAAUAAUCAGUUGCUGAGUGUACUUCGAGCCUUUCCUUGCCGGUCUCGCUUAAAAGACACGGAUUCUGCAACUGCUGUCGAGGAAGAGAUCUGUCAGAAUAUGUUUCUAAGAGGUCUCUCAUUGGUUGGUUGGUAUCACAGCCACCCCAUGAACCCAGCAAUGCCAUCCCUGCAGGACAUUGAAGCUCAGAUGGAUUAUCAACUCAAAUUGCAGGGCUCUGAAAACAGCUUCCAGCCCUGUAUCGGCAUUAUCUGUGGACCAUACUUUCAGGGGAACCAAGGUGUUCAGUCUACAAUUUCUCCAUUCUGGGUCAUGCCCCCUGCUGAGCAUCGUCCAAAUGAUUAUGGGAUUCCAAUGGAAGUUGAAGUGACUUAUACACAGGAUAGCUUCCUAACGAACGACAUCUUGCAUGAAAUGAUAAUGCUGGUGGAGUUCUAUAAAGGGGCCCCAGACUUCAUGUCAUUCCAAGAUAUAUGGAACGAGGAGAAGACAUUUCUGGAUAAAUUGAAGGGUUCUCUGUCUAGCCGAACACCCAAGGACCAAGGAUUUGGACCUGUUCUGGACCAGGUUUACUCACUGCUCAAACAAGUGGUCUGA